GAAUUCACACAUUAUGUUAAAAAAAAUCUCCAUUAACAAACCUUCUACGUGUGUGUAUAUAAAUAUAUCAUGAUUCAUGCAGGCAUGAAGAUAGAUCUCCAGAAACUACCCUUCGCUCUCAAGCCUUUUCUCCUUUCCCUUUUUCUUUCUCUUUCCUUCUUAGCAUUCCUUUCCUUUCAAACUCCACCUCACUCUCUUCACAAACCCGCUGUAUCACUUCCACCGGACCUCCGAAUCCGACCCGGUUAUUCAUCCUACGAUGCAUACAUCAAUCGUCAGCUCAACAAAACGCUCAACCCGAAACUCCGAAAAAUUUGGACUACCCGAGAUUGGGACCGAAAGGUUCGGGUCUUCUCAGAAUUCUUCGACAAUUUGAAACUUCGAGGUUUCUUAUCGAACGAUUCAAAAGCGCUUUGCGUCGGGGCACGGGUCGGGCAGGAAGUAGCGGCAUUGAAACGGGUUGGAGUUAACGAUUCAAUCGGUAUUGAUCUGGUGCCGUAUCCUCCGUUAGUAAUCAAAGGUGAUUUUCAUCGUCAGUCGUUUGAUGAUCGGAGUUUUGACUUAGAAUUCUCUAAUGUAUUUGAUCAUGCACUUUAUCCAUGGAAGUUCGUCGGAGAAAUUGAACGGACGUUGAAGCCCGGGGGAAUUUGUGUGUUACACGUGUCGUUAUCUAGACGGGCUGAUAAAUAUUCAGCUAAUGAUUUGUACAGUGUGGACCCACUUAAGGAAUUGUUCAAAGUGUCUGAGCUGGUUGAGGUGAGACGCAUUGAUGGGUUUGGGUUGGAUACGGAAGUGGUUUUUAGGAAGAAGUAGG